UUCCAAUCAAACAGAAAAUAAAGGAAAGUAUUUGAUUUGAUCUCUCACACUCACACAAAAAUAGAUUUGUUGAGAGAGAAAGAGGAAGAGACCUAUCGGCGAAGUACUUUUUAAGCUAUCCGAUCCAGAGAGGAGAAAUUACUUCAGAUAGAAACCUAAUUUGUUGACAGAGGGAGGGAGAAUAUAAGGAGGUCGCCGGAAAUUUAUGUUUUAUUGCUGGAAUUCGUAGCGAUCUCUUCGGGUAGUUGGGAGCAAGUGCCGGAAUCGGAUUUAUUGGUAAAGAUGGUGAAUUCUAUGGUGGAGAGGGCCACGAGCGACAUGCUGAUCGGGCCUGAUUGGGCCAUGAAUAUUGAGAUCUGUGACAUCCUCAACCACGACCCUGGGCAAGCAAGGGAUGUUGUCAAGGGAAUCAAGAAACGCCUUGGAAGUAAGAAUCCCAAAGUUCAACUUCUUGCCCUAACUCUAUUGGAGACAAUAGUAAAGAACUGUGGGGACAUUGUCCACAUGCAUGUAGCAGAUAAGGGUGUUCUUCAUGAGAUGGUGAAAAUAAUAAGGAGGAAGCCCGACUUACAUGUCAAAGAGAAGAUACUGAUUCUUAUAGAUACUUGGCAAGAAGCUUUUGGAGGACCUAGGGCAAGACAUCAACAAUAUUAUGGUGCAUACCAGGAGUUGUUGCGUGCUGGAGCAGUAUUCCCUCAGAGAUCUGAGAGCUCUGCACCUGUGUUCACACCUCCACAAACACAACCUCUUUCUUCCUAUCCACAAAAUCUGCGUAAUGCUGAUUUUAGACCAGAGGCAGCCGAGUCUUCUACAGAAUCUGAGUUUCCAACCUUGAGCUUGACAGAGAUUCAAAAUGCUAGGGGUAUCAUGGACGUCCUUGCAGAAAUGCUAAGCGCAUUGGAUCCAGGGAACAAAGAGGGACUGAGACAGGAGGUUAUUGUUGACUUGGUGGAACAAUGCCGUACAUACAAGCAAAGAGUGGUCCACCUUGUUAAUUCCACCACGGAUGAAUCACUGCUAUGUCAAGGAUUGGCACUGAAUGAUGACUUGCAACGUGUACUAGCCAAGCAUGAAGCCAUUGCUUCAGGGACACUAGUUAAAACAGAGAAACCCAGUCCUGAGCCUACUGGAGCACUAGUAGAUGUUGAUGCCCCAUUAGUCAACACUGGACAUGGCAGCAAAAAGCCUGAUGGAGGAUCUACCUCAAGUUCUGGUGCAGGGGCUAAUCCACUGAAUCAGCUGUUGCUUCCUGCACCUCCUGGUACAACUGGUCCAAAUCCUCCGGCAGCAGCAAAUCCAAAAAUUGACCUGCUGAGCGGCGAUGACUUUGACUCACCAAAAGUUGAAAAUUCAUUGGCUCUUGUUCCCCUGGGAGAGCCGCAGCCAACUGCACCUGCAUCUCAGCAUCAUGCCCUUGUACUAUUUGAUAUGUUUUCCGAUGGUAACAAUACCCCUAAUUCUGUCAAUAUCCAACCUACUAAUCUUGGUACACAAACCAAUCCUAUGAACACACCAUUCCAACAGCAACAGAAUUUCCAAUCCCUAGAAACAGGAUCUUACCAAAAUGGAAACAGCCCCAAUAUGGGAUCACCACAAUAUGGGCAGUCAUUUUAUGCUCAGGGCACUGGUCCUUCCUGGAAUGCCCAGUUUGUCCAACAGCAACAACCAGCCUCGCCGGUUUCCCCAGUGUCACCAGCUUAUGGAGUUCAAAGUGGUGGAUCACUACCACCGCCUCCGUGGGAAGUGCAGCUGGACAGUAAUUUGGUGGCUGGCUCUCAAGUUCCUCAGCCUUUGCAAGUUACUCAGGUGCUUGUCACACAUGCUCAACCAGUGCCAAAUGGUAUGCAUCCUCAGUCACCUCAGUCAAUGGGAAAUGAACAGGUUGUGGGUAUGUAUAUUCAGCCUAUUACAGGUGGUCAAUUGUCAUCGAUCAAUCAUCAUGCUGGACAGAGCAAUCAAUUUGUUGGUUUCCAUCCUCAACAAGUCCAGGGCGGACAGUAUAUGGGUAUGGUCCCGCAGCCAAUGCAAUAUGGGCAGAUGGCUUCAAUGUAUCCACAGCAACAAAUGUAUGGUAACCAAAUGCCAGGAUAUGGAUAUGGUCACCAACAAGGCGUUCAGUACCUCCAGCAGCAAAUGCAUUCGCUGUCUGUUAGAGAUGAUAAUGGCAUAACGAACUCUUCAUAUCAGGUCUCCACUUCUUAUUUGCCACCUAUGAAGAAGACUCCCAAGCCGGAGGACAAGUUAUUUGGAGACCUUGUCGACAUAGCAAAAUUCAAGUCGAAGCCCACUCCUGGAAGAGCUGGUAGCAUGUGACGCAUCACGCAUCAUGACUGUACCUGCAAUUUUUUAUUUUUACUUUUCCGUUUCUUAUAUAUAUUAUUUUUUUUGGCUAACUUGCUUCAUUUUCUUUAUUUUUCUUCCCUUUCUGAUUUUAUUCUGAUAUAUAUUUAUUUCCUGGUCUGUUUGGCCCUAUAUCUGUGUUUCAUGUUUGGCAUUGAAAUCCUGUACAUUUCUUGUAGAGAAAAAAAAAAAAGAAAAAAAAAGAAAUGAGAAAGGGUUGACACUCAAUUGGGUUGAUGUUCCAAGACAUGGAUUUCUGCUGGGAGCCUUUGUGUGUUGGAUCGAGGAAUUUUGUUCUGUUUAAUAAUGUAAGGGGACAAGGAUUUCUUCA